UUCCCAAAUUCUAACCUCAAAACAACAAAAUGUCAAAGAUAACUUUCGAAGUCGCAUAAUUCAUUUAAUUUUCUUUAAUUUCCUCUCGUAGUGCAUCACAGGGCUUCAUGUCAAAUUAACAUUUGAAUUCACGUUUAAAUGACUUCCCGCGAAGAUGUUGCGUAGAAUACGAAAAGAUUAUUUUCGAACCCAGUGCCAAAGGUUCCUGUCUUCCAGCAGAAAAUUAGACACUGAAAAUAUUUACGAUGUCGAAGACGGACCUCUCGAGACUAUUGUACCCCCACGACAGGCAAAAGUUGUCGUGUGUGGCGGGGGCGUCAUGGGGGCUUCAGUAGUGUACCAUUUAGCGAAGCUGGGAUGGGGUGCAGAGACAGUUUUAAUUGAACAAAACAGGGUCGGAGGAGGGACAACAUGGCACUCAUCUGGACUUAUCGGUGUUUUCAAGCCAAGUUUAGCACAAGUGACACUGACUAAAUCCAGUGUGGAAUUGUACAAACAUUUGGAGUCAAAGGGGCUAGCAACUGGGUGGAAGCAGUGUGGAAGUCUCAAUUUGGCCAGAACUAGGGAUAGGAUGACAGUUUUUCGCCGAAUGAAAGCACAAUCAGUAUCGUGGCAAAUUGACUGUGAAUUAUUAUCGCCCCAAGAAUGCAAAGAAAAAUGCCCUUUAGUAAAUGUGGAUGACUUAGUUGGAGGUCUCUGGAUACCAGGGGAUGGCGUAGGUGACCCUUAUGAAACUUGCAUGUCGGUGGCAGGGGAAGCCAAAAAAAUGGGUGUUAAAAUUGUUGAAAACUGCACUGUAACAAAAAUUCAUCAAAAUAAUGGAAAGGUGUCCGGUGUUGAGACAGAUUUGGGCCCAAUUGAUUGUGAAUAUUUUGUUAACUGUGCAGGAUUUUGGGCUAGAGGAGUUGGACAGUUGUCAGAACCAUAUGUUAAAGUUCCUCUACAUGCUGUUGAACAUUAUUAUUUGCAUACUAAACCAAUUCCAGGAUUGGAUUCGAUGACUCCAGUUGUUCGUGACCAAGAUGGUCAUAUUUAUUUCAGGGAAAAUAAAGGAAGACUUUUAGCUGGUGGGUUUGAACCUGUUGCCAAGCCAGCUUUUGAGGAUGGCAGGAUACCUGCGAGCAGUAAAGAGCGAUAUCUGCCAGAAGACUGGGAUCAUUUUCAUAUAUUACUCGAACAACUUCUUCACAGAGUUCCCCAUUUGGGUUCAGCGGUAUUGGACCGUCUUUGUAACGGCCCUGAAGCUUUUAGUCCCGACUGUAAAUGGAUAGUUGGCGAAGCCCCCGAAAUAAGAAAUUAUUUAGUAGCCGCUGGUAUGAAAACUGUCGGUGUAUCCGCAGCAGGCGGUGUUGGAAAACUAACCACAGAGAUUAUAGUAAAUGGAGAAACCACAUUUGAUAUUUACGAAUUGGAAGUUUCCCGCUUUUUGGGUUUGCACAAUAACCGGAAAUUCCUGCGGGAUCGGGUUAAGGAAGUACCGGGAUUGCAUUACGGGCUUUGUUAUCCUUUUCACGAGUUUAGCACAGGGAGGAAUUUGAGAAUGUCGCCGGUUUAUCCGAAAUUGCGCGAAGCUGGCGCUGUUUUUGGACAAGUUAUGGGGUAUGAAAGGCCUGCUUGGUUUGACACAGAACACGCCUUAGAGGGAGAUCCCCAAGACUGGUCAACUCCAAGCAGAAUGGCCUACACUAACACCUUUGGAAAGCCCCCAUGGUUCGAGAAUGUCGCUGCGGAAUAUGCUGCAUGUAGAGAAAGUGUAGGAAUUAGUGAUUAUUCUUCUUUUACCAAAAUUGAUCUCUGGUCAAAAGGCAACGAAGUAGUCAGUGCGCUACAGUUUUUGUGUUCAAAUGAUGUAGAUGUUCCUAUCGGUAGUAUAAUACAUACUGGUAUGCAAAACAAGUAUGGCGGUUAUGAAAACGACUGUUCUUUGGCCCGACUGUCUGAAAAUCAUUACAUGAUGAUAGCUCCGACUAUCCAACAAACGCGGUGUAAAGUCUGGCUUCAGAAGCACCUACCACCCACUGUAACAAUCUCAGACGUGACUAGCAUGUUCACAGCCCUAGCCAUCAUGGGGCCUUUUACAAGAACUCUGCUUUCUGAGUUAACAGACACCGAUUUGAGGCCCAAAAAUUUCCCUUUUUUCACCUUUAAAAUGCUGGAUGUUGGUUUAGCUAACGGAAUUCGUACAAUGAAUCUCACUCACACUGGGGAGUUGGGUUAUGUCAUGUACAUCCCCAACGAGUUUGCCUUACACGUCUACUCCAGUCUAAUCCAAGCGGGGGAGAAAUACGGUAUCAAACAUGCCGGAUAUUAUGCGACAAGAGCUCUAAGGGUUGAAAAGUUUUACGCCUUCUGGGGUCAGGAUUUGGAUACGAGGACAACGCCUCUAGAAUGUGGAAGAGUGUGGCGAGUUAAAUUUGAUAAAGGGGUUGAUUUUAUCGGAAGGGAUGCUCUUCUAAGGCAAAGAGAAGAGGGGGUUAAACGAAUGUAUAUACAGCUGAUUUUGAAUGAUCAUUGUCAUGAAACCGAACUAUGGCCUUGGGGUGGUGAACCCAUUUAUCGAAAUGGUAAAUAUGUCGGGAUGAGUACCACUACAGGAUACGGGUUUACUUUUAAAAAACAGGUCUGUUUAGGAUUUGUUGAAAAUUAUGGAAAAAAUGGGGAGAGAUUACGGGUAACCAACGACUAUAUCUUAGGUGGUGACUACGAGGUGGAUAUUGCUGGAAUAAGAUACCAUGCCAAAGUUAACGUACAUUCUCCAAUCUUGCCGACGAAAUAUCCUGAUAAAGAGCGUGAUGUUUAUCAAGCUACAAGAGAUAAACACGAUGAUAAUGUGGUAGUAAAAGCCGUGAAGUAAAGAAAUUUUUAGAAAUGUUAAUCGACAACAUUUAUGUUCAAAUAAAAAGUGUAUUUUUUUCAACACCAUGUUUUACGGUUUUCUGUCCUAGUUAAAUUAAAGUAACAAUUAGAUGAUUGUAAAUAUGAACUCGAUAAUUUAUUAAUAAACGAUU